AGGAUUAUGUCACCCACCAAAGGUAACUUUCUGUUUCAGUAGUUGAUGUUAAGAAACAAAACAACACCCUUUAAGUUAAUCACCUUUGGAAAAUAGAGGAUGGCUUUAUAUCCCAAGGCUUUGAUGUGUUUAGCGGUUCCUGUAAUGCUCUGCCUCCCUUUUGUUUUGAUUGACAAGGCCUUUCCUAUAUAUUUGAGCAAUCAAGGAGCCCAGUUACAGAGGGUAGAAGCAUUUACCCAGAGCAAAGUCACUCAUUGUGACUUUCUGAAAUCUUGGGUGCAAGUUUCUGCUUUAAAAGAAGUUAGCUUCAGCAAAAUCAGGUAAGUGCCUCUCCAUACUGCCUGAGAGUAAGUCCAGAGAGUCUUGCUAAGGUGAUAGAUCAAAAGUAGGAACUAAGAGAUCAGUUUGGAAAUAAGUAACUUUGCAGCCCGUGUUAUGUAAUGAUGAAUUGGGGGAGGGGUCCUAUAAAUGCAGUGUCCACCCUCGUUUCAACAUGCAGUAUGUUCUUCCUGGUGGGCCAAGCGUGAAAGGAGUGAUUCUGGCUCCUGAAAAAGCAUAGGAAAUGAUCAAGACCCAGAGAGGACUGACUUGGCAGUAGAUUGGGGUUAUGUUUUAAAUACCUCUGGUGCUGUCCAUCAUUUGGACUUAAUGUCAAUCACAACGAGGAGCCUGUUACAGCAGAGGCACAGAACAGAGGGAAUUUGUAGCAGGUAGGACACAUUUUAUGAAUGGUCACCAAGUCAGGGGCCAGGUUUCAUAUCUUCCACAUAUCCAUGUAUUGUGGUGGGUUGAGUUAGUAACAGUAUGUACAGGACAUACAAUUACUGUUUAUCUACCCCUCCCCAUUCCCCAUCCAUGACACUGGAAAUAUAAUUUUGAGCAAAGCAUGUACCAUAGCAUCCAAUACCUUGGAUCUGAAUAAAAAUAAUUUGUGUGUAUUCAUGUAUCAUGUUAGGCUAUGCAUUCCUUUUGGUGUUACUCAUAUUUUGUGUUCAUUUUGAAGAGACCAUUGGAACAUAUUUCUUUAACACUCAAGUCCAGUCCAGCGUAAGGAUGGGCUUGGGAUGCUGUAAUGAAAAGCCUGAGGAUGCCCUUAGAGGGCUGGUUGUUUAGUGAGCUCCAUGGGUCCAUGGAAACCAUCCUGGAGCCACUUGGAACUUCGGGCAUCUUUGUUGGAGUCUGUAAGCAUUUACAAUUUCUUGGCUCAUUUCUGCUGAAGUGGGAAAAGCAAUGUCCUUUUGAUAGUGACUGACACCUGCAGGCAGCCUCGUGGAGGCAGCCAGAUCUGUUAAUAAGUCCUCUUUCUUUUCCCUUUCUGGAGGAACAGCAUGAGGCUGGCACACCUAUUCCUUGGCCCCGUGGCCCUCCUCCUCCUGGCUGGCUGCGGCUGUGUCCUCAGCACCUCCAGCGAGAAUCUGCGUACUUUUGUGGGCUGUGCAGUGAGGGAGUUCACUUUCCUGGCCAAGAAGCCGGGCUGCCGGGGUCUUCGGAUCACCACGGAUGCCUGCUGGGGCCGCUGUGAAACCUGGGAGAAGCCCAUUCUGGAGCCCCCGUACAUCGAAGCCCAUCACAGCGUCUGCACCUACAAUGAGACCAAACAUGUGACCGUCAAGCUGCCCAACUGUGCCCCCGGGGUCGACCCCUUCUACACCUACCCCGUGGCUGUCCGCUGUGACUGCGGGGCCUGCUCCACGGCCACCACGGAGUGUGAGACCAUCUGAAGCUGGUGUGACCUGCAGAACAUGGCUGGCAGCCUUGAGCCUCACGGACCCACCUGUCCGGGCAGCACAAGCAGCUCUAUCCCCUGGACUGAAGGACUGUUCAAUUUGGACCACACCUGUGGAGGAGGUGACCCGUCUCCCUUACACCCAGCUCAGGCACAAAACCCAGAGGCAGCAAGUGUAUGCUGAAACCGCAGAACAAUAUUUGUGCCGUCACUAAAAUAAUUUCUCUGGUCCACACACUGCAAAUUAAUUUUUCUUUACCUUGAAUCUCAGAACACAAUUCACGUAGCACCAUCCUCCUCCAAUUUGAAUUUAUAAUCAGCCAAGGUUUUAAAUGCAUUGGGCCUAAUUAGGAAAUGGGGUUAGAAAGUCUUUAAGUUCUCAUGUCUUAUUUAAUGACUGGUCUCCAACUAGAUUUAUGAUCAAAGUGCCAGGAAUUAAUAAAACCAAUGCUUUAGUCCUCAUGCCCUCAAAGAAAAUCCAAUUGCAAGCUCCCUUGGAGAAAAUACUCUCUUCUUUUAACUGAGCAAUUAUCUACAGAAGAAAUAGCCCCGGCUCAGAUUAAAAAAGGGAGGGCAAUAGUAGCUCAAAUUGAAAGGUGUCUGGAGUUGGGUGAUUUUUUUCCCCCAAGCAAAAUUUUGAAAGUCCCUUUAAGAGCCUUAAUAAAGAGGCCCUUUGGUGAUUAAGAAAAAAAAAACCUCAGAAAAAGUAUGUAAUCAGAGCGAUUAUUUGAGCUUCAAGCAAAAAUGAUUGAUUACAAAUAUUCUUUCCCAUUUAGCAUAUUUUGAAUUUAAAUUGUAAUUUUUUAAACUUAAAAUUUGUACGUGUUUGUAGGGGUAAGACUGCACUGCUGACUUAGAGGAAAAAGUCUGUGAUCGCCUAGCUCUUGUCCUCGCUGAAAUCUUACAGCAGCUGAUUCUCUGUGACCUUUAAAAAAAAAAACACUCUGCUAUGCAAGUGUUUUUAAUUCUGACAUUUUUGGGGUUGAAGUUAACUUCGUUCCUUUUUCACACUA